CGUACAAUAAUUAGCUUUUGUCAUCUCAAAACCCUAAUUUUGGUACGCUCCCGACACCUCAACCCUUCGCAGGUAAAUCCCUCUUUCAUAGAUUUCACCCCUGAUGCGCCUCCGAGAUCUUUUAGCUUCGUGGGUUUUGCUUUCUUUUGUUCCAUGGAAUCGUAAAAUUUGGAGAAAAUGAGUAGCCGUUCGAGCAGAACCAUUUACGUCGGUAAUCUCCCCGGCGAUAUUCGCGAGAGGGAAGUGGAGGAUUUGUUCUACAAGUAUGGGGCUAUAGCUCAUAUUGACCUGAAAAUCCCACCAAGGCCUCCAGGUUAUGCAUUUGUUGAGUUUGAAGAGGCUCGAGAUGCUGAAGAUGCUAUUCGUGGUCGUGAUGGCUAUGAUUUUGACGGACAUAGGUUACGGGUGGAGCUUGCCCAUGGUGGACGCAGGCCUUCGUCAUCUGAUCGUCAUAGUAGUUAUAGUAGUGGCCGUGGCCGUGGUCCAUCCAGGCGUUCUGAAUAUCGUGUGUUAGUCACUGGGCUACCAUCUUCUGCUUCAUGGCAAGAUCUUAAGGAUCACAUGCGUCGGGCUGGGGAUGUUUGCUUUUCUCAAGUUUUCCGUGAUGGAAGAGGCACAACAGGGAUUGUAGACUACACCAAUUAUGAAGACAUGAAGUAUGCAAUUAAGAAACUAGAUGACUCUGAGUUUCGCAAUUCAUAUUCUUCUGCUUAUGUUCGGGUUAGGGAAUAUGAUUCUAAGCGGGACUCAUCCAAGAGUCCUAGUCGUGGUCGGUCAUUAUCAAAGAGCCGAAGUCGCAGCCGCAGUCGUGGUAAUGAUCGCAGUCCUAGCCAGAGCAAGAGCAGGAGCAAGUCUCCAAAAACAAAACCUUCACGCCGAUCUCCAGCUAGGUCAAGAUCUAGAUCUGCUUCUCGUUCUCCCUCUGCAUCAAAACGUCGUUCUCCAUCAAGGUAUACCUUUUGUUUCUCUACUGUUUGAUGUGCUUGAUGUCCUUGUUUGAUUAGAUUUAUGGUGUGUAAGUUCCAUUCUUUUGGAUGUGAUUUUAAUUUAGAGGACAUUGUUAAGUGUUUUCCAUUGACAUCUUAUUGUUCUAUUUUCUGCUUCGGGCCAUUGGGAAAUGAGUUGAUGAUGUCAUCUUGAAGUUCAUUUCUUGCUGUUUGUAAGUUUUUUCUCUGAUUUGAAUCCAUGUGGCCAUGGUAAAAUUAGAGUGGUGACAUUUGUUUUGAGUGUGUUUGGAAUGAAAUAAUUAUUAGGUUUGGAUGUUAUUGUUUCUGGUCUCAACUUCCUCCUGUGGUUGUAGUGUGGAGAUUUCUUUUUGAUCUUCCAUCUUUGUUUGUCCAGGAGAUGGGUUAGCUCACAAAAGGGUUCUGGACUUUCGAACUAUAACCAUUCUCUCUUUGGUUAUAUGAAAAUUGCCUUGCUUUUCUUUUCAAUAUUGGAUAUUUGCAGCUAACUGGGGAUUGGAUAUUAGGAUCUUGUGGGAAUAUGAUUGCAUUGCUUGCAACUCGUUUGGUUGCAGAGAUUUGGGAACAAAGGAGACAAUGGAUUGCGAUAAUAGAGCUGGAAUUCAUUACGAGGAAAUGCAAUAAUAAAGCUGGAUAUCAGUGAAGUAAAUUCCAUUGGGACUUGCAAAUCACCAUUCAAUGGGCGGUAGAAACAUGAACAUACCAUUGUUACUUUCAGCUCCAAAGAAACAUGAAUAUUCCAUUGUUCUUUUCAGCUCCAAAUAUUGCCAAGCUAAUAGGACAUGGUAUCUGGAUCACUUGUGGAGUUUAUGGCUCAGUAGGGAAGCAUGAUCCUUCUAUCCACUGGUGUUAAAAGUUUUUUAAAAUGGGUCAUUCUUUAUUUAAGAAUAUCAUUUUAAGUUGGGUGUUUUUUUAUAGGCUGGUAUAUGCAUCCAAAGUAUUCUUUAUUUCCUUUAAAACUGCUGAAGAUUUUUUUGCUUCCUAGCCUUCCUUGAAAUUGGUGAAUAUGACCUGGAAGGGGUAUCAAGGCUCUCAGGAAAAAGUUGAUAAAAGGAUGAUCCUGAUGUUAUAUGUGUUUCUGGACCUUUUGCAGAUCUCGUUCAAGAUCCAAAUCUCCUUUGCUUUCUAAAGGAGCAAGUAAAAGCCCCAAAAAGCGCAGUCUUAGCAGGAGCCCUAGUGGGAGCAGAAGCAGGAGCAGGAGCUUAUCUGGGUGAGUGUAAGCUGAUCUGUGAUCCCCAACCAGAAGCACACCAAGUGAUGGACUCCUCGACCUUUUAAUUUUAUUGUAAGCAGCAAAACCAUUAAUAAGGUGGACAAAUCAUGCUGGGAUUUUAUGGAUGGAUUUUGAACUUUGAUGUUUGUCUGUUUGUCCUAUGUUUGAAAACUUGAUUGUCAUGCUUGGAGGGAUUUCAAUACCGGAUUAUUUGUAUUUGAAUGGAGAUUAGUCUUUCUUCUAUGAGGCAAAAAUUGGGUUCG